UCUUACAGUAUUAUACUUUUAAUUAUCACAUUUAAACUAAGUACGAAGAAAUCGUGUGUUUAAGAGACGUUUUUACUGUUUCAUUAUUACAAAACUCAAGUCCAAAGAUGAUUUUCAAGACCCCAUGUUGGGUAUUCGUGGUGAUUUUUCUCCACGGAGCAGCUGGUCAAGGUCCGCUACCCAGAAAGGAAUUCAAUGCAGAUUACUGGAACAACAUGGGCGCAGCAGAUGUCGAAGAGACAGUCACUAAGUUCAAUAACUUGAACACAAACAAGGCAAAGAAUGUUAUUUUAUUUAUCGGCGAUGGAAUGAGUCUUUCUACAGUGGUUGCAGGUAGAAUACUGAAAGGGCAAAGGGAGAGGAGGAACGCGCAUGGCGAAGAAGCCUUUACGUCACUAGAUAGGAUGCCACACAAUGGCCUGUUGAAAACAUACAGCGUUGACCAUCAAACACCGGACAGUGCAUCUACAGCUACUGCAUAUUUAUGUGGAGUCAAAACAAGAUCGUCUAUGCUCGGAGUAAGCGCGAGAGUUCAGCCUGGAAAUUGUAAUGCUGCAAAAAGAAAUGGGGUAGCAUCAGUGCUUGAAAACGCAGCCAUGGCAGGAAGAUCAACUGGUAUCGUAACAACAACUAGAGUUCAGCACGCGACCCCAGCAGGAGCGUAUGCUAAAGUACCAAGUAGAAGUUGGUAUUCUGAUGCCUACAUGUCAGCUACAGUAAAAAGACAAGGAUGCAAAGAUAUCGCCACUCAGCUCGUAGACAUGGGAAGAAAAAUAAACGUUGUAUUGGGAGGAGGUCGUGUUCACAUGAGACCAGUGGGAUAUCCGGAUGAAGAAUAUUCAUCGCCUGGUAGCCGAGGUGACAGAAGAGACGGAAAAAACUUGAUCGAAGAAUGGCUUGAAAACAAAAUUGGGUCCAGUGCAAAAUACGUUUGGAAUAAAGAACAAUUUGAUGACGUCGAUCCUGAUGAGACAGAUUAUUUGAUGGGACUGUUUAGUCCAUUCGAAAUGCAAUUCUCACUCGAACGAAAAUCCGACCCAGCUGGCGAACCAAGUUUAGCAGAAAUGACAGAGAAAGCAAUCAAGAUUCUUCGAAAAAAUGACAACGGAUAUUUUCUUCUUGUCGAAUCAGGGAUGUUGGACAAAGCUCAUCACAAAUCCCUCGCCCAUUAUGCCCUUGAAGAAUUCAUGGAAUUGGAGAAGGCGGUCAAGGUUGCACAGGAUCUUACAUCAGAUUCCGAUACAUUGAUAAUUGCGACAGCUGAUCAUGGGCAUGUUUUUACGAUCGGCGGUGGUACGGCCAAGAGAGGAAAUCCAAUUUUAGGCCUGGCACCAAGCAAUAAACGACCGGCAAAAGCAUUAGAUGGAAAAUUCUAUACAACUAGUGGAUACGCAAAUGGCGCAGGAGGUUUUUCACCUAGAGGAAGGCCGAACGUUCUUCGGCAAAAUGCCGCUGACAAAGGACACAAGUUUCAAUCGGCCAUUCCACUACAUGCCGAAUCGCACAGUUCAGAAGAUGUGGUCGCUUUCUCAAGUGGUCCAAUGUCGCACAUGAUAACAGGAGUGCACGAGCAAAAUUAUGUUGCACAUAUGAUCAAUUUUGCUGCUUGCACUGGUCCUUACGAAUCCGGAAUAAAUCCACAUUGCAUCGUCAAAAAUCCAGAAAAGUCUAAGCGACGAAGAUUUGACGAUCCCAAUGUUGAUUUUCCAACGCCAUGGGAAGAUCCUUCUGCUGAGUUGUAAAUUAUAUGAUUAUUCAAGUAACAUUUAUGUCGAGCUGCUUUUUGUAUAAAUCAUAUUUUCAAAUACUAAAGAGUAAUGCACAAAUAUAUGAACAUGAAUUCAAUUCUGUUACGUCCAGCAGACUGCCGUCGGAAAAACAUGGCGAUUGAUUCUUCACCAAUCGCCCUUGACAAACUAGUGCUUAACGGUAGGCUACUAUGAUUUCUAUCUCCGCAUAUUUGUUCUUUGCUCUCUUGUUAUUCUGGUAUUUUAUUUUUUAUUCGUAUUUUCUAUCUUGCUGAAUUGCACUAUAUGUACACUAUUAUCAUUUCUUUCUGAAUCUACUGUUCUGUUAUUAUACUGUUUAUUUAAAAAUAAUAAAACUACUUAUAUACUGCCAAAUAAACGGAUUGU